GGCGGGGCCGCGCAGGCGCCUUGAGAGGCGGUAGCGGCGGCGGCGGCGGCGGCAGCGGCGGCGGUAGCGGCGGCAGCUGUGAGGGGGUUCCGGGAAGAUGGUGCUGAUUAAGGAAUUCCGUGUGGUUUUGCCAUGUUCCGUUCAGGAGUAUCAGGUGGGGCAGCUGUAUUCUGUCGCAGAAGCUAGUAAGAAUGAAACUGGUGGUGGAGAAGGAAUAGAAGUCCUCAAGAACGAACCGUACGAGAAGGAUGGAGAAAAGGGGCAGUACACGCACAAAAUCUACCAUCUCAAGAGCAAAGUUCCUGCCUUCGUGAGAAUGAUCGCUCCGGAGGGCUCCUUGGUGUUCCACGAGAAAGCCUGGAAUGCAUACCCCUACUGUAGAACAAUUGUAACGAAUGAAUAUAUGAAAGAUGACUUCUUCAUUAAAAUCGAAACAUGGCACAAACCAGACCUGGGAACGUUAGAAAACGUCCAUGGUUUAGAUCCAAACACUUGGAAAACUGUUGAGAUUGUCCACAUAGACAUUGCAGAUCGAAGUCAAGUUGAACCAGCAGACUACAAAGCCGAUGAAGACCCAGCGUUAUUCCAGUCAGUCAAGACCAAGCGAGGCCCCCUGGGACCCAACUGGAAGAAGGAGCUGGCGAGCAGCCCCGACUGCCCUCAGAUGUGUGCCUACAAGCUGGUGACGAUCAAGUUCAAGUGGUGGGGCCUGCAGAGCAAGGUGGAGAACUUCAUUCAGAAGCAAGAGAAAAGAAUAUUCACAAACUUUCACCGCCAGCUCUUUUGUUGGAUUGACAAGUGGAUUGACCUGACCAUGGAAGACAUCAGAAGAAUGGAAGAUGAGACACAGAAAGAGCUAGAAACAUUACGUAACCAAGGUCAAGUGAGGGGAACCAGUGCGGCCGGCGACGAGUGAAGACGCCUCUGACCAGUAUCCUGCAGUGUUGAUGCUUCCCCCGCGUGUGCGUGCGACUCCCUGUCACACGCACAGGCUCCCAGCCACGUGUGUAUAUAUGUCCGUGUGUGUGCGCGCGCGUCUGUAGCUGUAUAUAAAGCGCAUGUAGAGCUACAGGUCGGAAGACACACACUUGUGUAUAUAUGUACAUACAGACCUACUGAAGGGACUAGUACGAUUUCUCCAAAGUACUGUACCUGUCUUCAGCAAGAAUGCAAAUGAGAAUAUUUUCAAUAUAUACCUGGAGCAAAUUUUAAUAAUUAUCAGAGUAAUACCAUUAAUGGGCAAAUUGGCUGCGAUGUAAUACUAGCUGGUAUGUUUCAUAAAUGUCAAGUGCGGACCAAUAUAUAUAUAUAUAUAUAAUAUACAUAUAUAUAUAGACUUUUAUUACUUUUUUGUUCUUUUAAAUCGGUCUCUUGUAAAUUUUUAUUUAGUUCCACAAGCAUCAGACUCCCAUAGAAAAAUGUAUUCGAAAUAUUUCGGUAUUCCAGUGAACCUGGAAUGUAAACUCUGAAUGUAUUUAUAACGAUUUCUUUCUGGAUGGCCAUUAUUUUAAAGCCAAAUUGGGGGGGAAAAAAAUGUAUUAGUAAGGAGUAAAGUAGUAGGCCAGUUUUUACUUGUUUGCCCUGAGGGGGGGGAAAUCCUUUUAAAAAGAAGUUCUGGUUUUUAUUGGAUUUUUGUAUCUUGAACUUCAAGUAUUUUUCUACAUCCAGCCUAGCAAAAGUGGAGAUGACGGUUUGUGAUUUAUAAUGAACACUAUACAGUUCCCAGGCUCCCGUCAGGCCCCCUGGGACGGCCGGAGCCGCGCCGAGCAUGGCAGGUCGGCUGUCCGGAAAGGUCAGAGGUAGGUCCCGAGCUCCCGCCACGUCCUGUUCCCCAGGUGGCUUUCUGAGCCUGCAGCUGGGAAACUACGCAAAAGGCCCAGAGCAGUCUAGCUACCAGGUAGCCUAGAGACCGGGCUGCGGUUUGGCUCUUUCGGGGUUACGCGGCACAGGGAGGUGGCGGCCUGAGGCGUCCGCUGGGGGCCCAGCUUCCCACCGGGCAGGGCCGGGUGUUCUCCAGAGCCCGGCCUGAAGACGCAUCCAGAAAACGCUGCCUGGAAGCUGCCGCCCUGUCCCCCCACUCCCGGGUGGGGACCUUGGGUUUGUUUUUCUGAAGAGCCAACAGCUGAGGGUAGGGCGGGAGCCAGAGCUGUAGGCAGCAGGGAGGGCGCUUCUCUUGCCCGUAGCGAAUUUGAUCCCCGGCAUCCCAUAUGGUCCUCCGAGCACUGCCAGGAGCGAUUCCUGAGUGCAGAGCCAGGAGGAAGUCCUGGGCACCGCCGGGUGUGACCCCCCCUCCCCCAGAAAAAAGAAAAAUAGAAAAAAAAACAGACAAAGAGACUUAAAAAAAAAAAAAGAUUUCUCUAUCGAAGUCCGCUUUUCCCCGUCAUCCCUGGAAGCUUGAACAGAAUAUUGUUGAUGCCUUCCGCUCACAGUGUCUCGUGAGCCCGGCCCCUUACUCACGUCUCACUCCACCUGACGGCUGACAGUCCUGCCCUCGCCGCCCCUCGUCUCCCCACGCGUCCUGUGUCCACCCCCACACUGCUGUAGGCAGUGCCCCGUCCCCUCGCCAAAGCAGACCAGCCCACCAGCCCCCGAGCCGACGUCCACUGUGUCCUCAGGAUCAAGACUGAUGUUUACUGUCCGGGCCCGCGGUGAGAUGGGUUUUGUCAGGGCGCCAUCCCCGUCUGCAGCGUCCGAGGCGAGGAAGAUGGUGGCUCGUGCCGCCACGCGGGGGGCCUCGCCCUCUCCCCGGGACGAGCCGAGCUCUCGCUGGCAUCUGGCAGCGCCGGGAGCCCGGCGUGUGGAUUUUAAUGUUUUUCUAACAACUGUGGAGAUUUGAGGGAAUGUGUGGUGAAUGUAAAAUAUCUAGUUUACUUGGCAGUCUCUUGUGUAAAUUACAGUAAAACAAAGUAAAUGAAAUUUAAACAAAAAAUAAAUUUGAUCACAAAAUG